AUGGCCUCGAGUAAUGGUGCGGUCGGCAAAUGGGAAGUGGUGAGGAAGAGCAAGAAAAGUAAUGCGGGAGCUGGGAAAAACACAAAUGAAAAGAAAGGCAACUCUGAGAGUAGAAAAGCUCUCGGGGAGUCCAACCUGCCCUCCAGACUGCCCACAAAGAUGUCAGACAGUAUGUUUGUAGCCCUUGAGAGGAUCCCAAAGAAACAGAACAAGGAGCAGGUUCCACCGCCAAAUCAGCAACAAAACAAGAAGUCUUCUUCAACAAAACCAUCAAAGAAGUUGCCCCCCAGCAAUGCUUCCACCCCUGCCACUCACAGGACUCUGGAAGAAGCCUUUAAAUCGCUGGAUAUCAACGAUAUGAAAGAGCAGUUGGCUAAGAGUCAGACGAUGUUCCCCAAAAACCCAUCAGUGUGGUCAAAAGACCUGGCAGGGUACCUCAACCUCAAGCUGACUGCACCAGUGGUAGAGCCGACCCUCAGCAGUUAUGCUCAUGAUUACCCAUAUUGUCUUACGAGCAAGGAGCUGAAGGGUGUCAUCAAAGGCAUCAUUGGAAAUAUCAAUGACAGCCUGCCAGAUUUCUUUGACUACUGUAUUUACACAAUGCUCCGAGAAUUAGAAAGGCACUCAGGUGAGCCACUGCAUGGAUACAGAGUUUGCAUUCAAGCAAUCUUACAAGACAAGCCCAAAUUGGCAACACAGAAUUUGCCCGAGUAUUUGGAGUUGCUGCGGUCGGUGCAGAAUCAUCCUUCGAAGUGUUUGACCAUCAUGUGGGCUUUGGGCCAAGCUGGAUUUUAUGACCUUAGCCAGGGACUACGAGUGUGGCUUGGUAUCAUGCUUCCCGUCCUGGGAGUGAAGUCGCUGUCAUCCUAUGCCAUUGCUUACCUGGAAAGACUGCUCCACAUCCAUGCAAACCUGACAAAAGGAUUUGGGAUCAUGGGUCCUAAAGAGUUCUUUCCUUUACUGGAUUUUGCCUUCAUGCCGAAAAAUGCCCUUUCAUCAAGUCUCCAGGAGCAGCUAAGGCGCCUUUACCCUCGUCUCAAGGCCUUGGCGUUUGGAGCCAAACCUGAAAGCACCUUACACACGUAUCUGCCGUCGUUUCUGUCCAGAGCAACACCAAACUGUCCGGAAGACAUGAAGAAAGAGUUGCUGAACAGUAUGACAGAGUGUUUGUGUGUGGAUGUUCAGAGUUUAGGAGUUUGGCGACAGCUGUACACUAAACACUUAGCUCAAUCGAGUCUGCUGCUGAACCAUUUGUUGGGCUGCUGGAAUACCUUGCCACCAAAGCUGAGGAAGAAUCUUGAAGAAACGAUUCAAUCGUUCAAAGUGACCAAUGAAGAGAUGAAAGAAAACAACCAGUCUCAGGAUCUUAGUGACUGCAAUAAUCUGUGUCAGAGUCUACAGGUGAAAAUGCGUGGUCGGGGAUUCCCCUGGUCUAAGCUGUUGAUGGUCCUGCUCGUGUUUGCCGCCGGUUUCAUCGUUCAAGACAUCCGAUCACAUGGCUCCUUUGAGAGUUCAACCACGGCUAAACAUCUUCACAGCUCGGGUGUGAUGGGGGUGACUCAGCAGGCGUGGAGCAAAAUCACAGUUUACUCCAAGCAGGGCUUCAGCUGGCUGGAGACCAACAUGCCACAUUAUUACUCUGAGAGCAUACAAACCUUGAGGCCACUGUUAGACCAAGGAUUGGAGAAAACCAGAACAGCAGCCGUCUUCGUCGCUGAAAAAAGCAAAAAUGGCUUCGCGUGGGUCAAAGAAAACAGCCCGCUGCUCAUAGAAUGGGUGCAAAGCAACACUCCUGACAGUGUGUACGAGAUUUUGGCUUAUUUGAAAUCGCUGCUACUCUUCCUCCACCAAAACUACAUAUUGCCAGCAUUGAUGUUUUUAAUAGACCUGCUGCAAUUAGCGUGGACCAACCUGCAGGACUCCUGCAACGGUGAAGUAUCUGUGACGUGUCUGAGAGGGCACGCUAUGUCCUUGACCAACUCCACAUGGCAGCUGCUCCAACACACGACCUCUGCAAUCACGACGUGGGCUCAGGAGCUGCUGACUCCACCAUAA